CACGUUUAAUGAAUGUUGUGAGAGUCGGUUUCUCAGCUGUUGGAGAAUUUUCUAAUUUAUAUAUUGGUGUUAUGCUUAGCUGAAAUCGGCUUCAUAUCAUUCAAUAAGAAACUAAAUUUUAUUUAGAGAACAUUUUUUGGAAGAAUGGGUGGAAUUUUUAGUUAUUUCAAGAACCUUUUAGGGAGCCGAGAAAUGCGCAUUCUCAUUCUUGGUUUGGAUGGUGCUGGAAAAACUACAAUUCUGUAUAGGUUACAAGUGGGAGAGGUUGUAACAACUAUACCUACUAUUGGUUUUAAUGUUGAGCAAGUCACAUAUAAGAAUUUGAAAUUUCAAGUUUGGGAUCUUGGAGGUCAGACAAGUAUAAGGCCCUAUUGGCGCUGCUAUUAUUCCAAUACAGAUGCAAUAAUAUAUGUUGUAGAUAGUGCUGACAAGGAUCGAAUUGGAGUUUCAAAACAUGAAUUAGUUUCUAUGUUAAAGGAGGAUGAACUGAAGAAAGCAAUUUUGGUAGUUUUAGCUAACAAGCAGGACAUUGAAGGAGCUUUAACUGUUCCAGAAGUUCACCAAGCUCUAGGUUUAGAUGCAUUAAAAAACCGAACCUUCCAAAUAUUUAAGACCUCAGCAAUUCAAGGAGAAGGUUUAGAGGAAGCCAUGGAAUGGUUAUCUAACAUGCUUACGAAUAGCAAAUGAAAAUGCUUAGAACAAAUUAAAAACUCUUAGAAUUCCGAAGCACUUCAUGCAUUACUGUAAAAAAAUGAACCGUAUUUCAUACUUUUCUGACAGCUAUGGAGCGAUUGUGUAUUCACCCAUGGCCUUCUAAUGUUUUUUACUUUUUCACAAAUUCUGAAGUAAAAAAAAAGAAGAAAAAAAAAAGAAAAAGAAACUAAAGGCCUUUCGUGUAAAUAUCUAGUCAUCUAAAAAUAUCAAAGGAUUUCAUCUACUGACUUCCAUUUGCAUUCCUCUGAAAUGUUUCUCAUAAUAAAAUGUGGAAAUCAUUGUUAUUUUUAUUUUUAAUGUUAUUGGAAGAAUGAGAUUUUACAGGAUUUUCUUGCAUUUUAUUGAUAUAGUUGUUUUCAUGAUAAAAAUAUUCAAAUAUAUUUGUAUAGAUAUGUAUAUUUGAACCAUAUGUGCCUGUUAUUUGCAUUUGCAGGGAUAUUGUUAUUGGCUAAAUUUGGCUCAUGAAAUGGUAUAUUUUUAACAUAGAAAUUCAAAAUAUUUGUCUUCACUAAAAUUUUGAUUUUUAAUCUUAACAUUUUGAUAAUCGUAGAUAUAUGGGAAAAUUUAUUAAAUAUUUUAAGUGCUCACUUGUUGUUUGGGAAAUGUCCAUUAAUAUCCUGAUGCAUUUAAAAAAUUUCCAAUUUUGUAAAACUUACAGAAAAAUGAAAGAUUAUGGAAAUAUGCAUUCUAAUUAAUGCAUUUUUAAUUUACAAUUUUGUUAAAUAAUUAAAGAAAAGGUAUUCUCAGUUUUGAAGUACCAGUCUAAUUUUUACUUUUACCAUAAAUUUAUUUAAUAAUAGUUUUAUUUCAAAAGAUUUUACAUCUCUUGCAUGCUUUUCUGACCUUCAAAACAAUAAGUUCAAAACAAAUCAAUUUAAAAAUGAGAGUAAUUAAUACUAUAGUCUAUAUUUAUAAUAUUGCAAACUGUAAAAUAAACUUAAAAGUAUCCACCAUAUUUGUUUGAAAGUUAGCUCUGUUUCUUGCUUUUUGUCUUACUGAUUGAUUAUAGAAAGAAUUUAUUUAAAUUUCUUUUAAGGUAUAGUAAUUUGUGAAAUAUUUUCAGCAUUUAUGCAUUCAAAUUGUUAAAAUGUGAUUUUUGAUUUAAAAUAUUAUAAAGUAUGCAUUACAGAUGUUUUUUUUUUUUCAACAAAAUAUUUAUGUAUCUCAAUAAUUUGAAUAGUGUAAUGUAAAUUUUGAGGUGGACGAUGCUUCAAAGGUGUGUGUGUUUUCUCCUUCAUUUAAUGUUUAAUAUCACAAUUUUUUUUUAAUCGAAGGUGAUUUUAUGUCCGUACAAAUUUUUAAUUCAUUUAUUUUUGUAUUGAAAGACAAAUUUAAAGAAAUUACAAAUGACUUCAUAAUUCAAAAUUUUUGUUCUGUGAAAUAUGUGGAUUCCACACUUCUAAAUUGUUUGAGAAUUGUCCAUUUGGUAUUCAUUAUUCGUGAAUGAUGCGAUGUGAAACUUUAAAAGAAUUUUUUUGUUGUGUUUUACAUUUUUAUGUGCAGAUGUAAAAGAUUUUUGAUUUUGUUAUAGCCGUGUAUUUGAUUCAUAAUAUUCUUUUCUUAAAGUGUCAUUCUUUUUUAAUUUUUUCCUUUUAAUGUUAUGUGUUCAAAUAUUAAACUUAUUAAACAUUUAAAAAGUUUUGUGUUAGAAAUCCAUGAUCGAAUUAUCUACAAAAAUUAACAUUACAAUACAACUUAGAUGAAUCUCGACUAUCUAAUAGAAUUUGGGACCAUUUACUGAGGAAAAGAACAACAAAUUUAUCUAUUUUAGUAUAACCAUCACAUUUACCCACCAUAAAAUUUUGUCUCUUUGGUGUAAUGAAUAUUUUUUUUAAAGUUAAUUUAUCUUUGUAAUAUUAACUUUCAGACUUACUUAUUUAGAGGCUUUUCAUUGUUAAAUAGUCUCUCAAUAUUUUAGCACUAACACACAUUGAAUUGGCAUGUCAUGUACAGUUGAAUCCCAGAUAUCUAUAAAUAUUGAAAUUUUUUCCGUGAAUGUUGCUUUCUCAUAAGAAAUAGUUUUUGUAUAUCAAAUAAAAUUUCUAUAGAUUGAACAAAAAUUUAUAUAAAAAAAAUUAUUUCAAUCAUAAAGCACCCAUUAAUUUCAUUCAUAGGAAGACUUGCAAGCAAUUAAAAAAGAUUCUUACUACAUUUUAAGAAAGUUGAAAGUGUGUUCACACAUACAUUGUAAAUAUUUGCCAAUGGAUCAUGCUAUUCUUAACAUAUGUUCUGUGAAUCCUUUUCGUAAUUUGGAGCGUGACUUUUAUUUCAAUUCAAUUUAGCUUUAAAUUUCUAAUGGUGAACAUGACCUCUGAAUGGAAAUCAAGUACUAAAAAAUUGUCUUAUCAAAGGCAUAGAUCUAGAUAAAUAAUAAUUAAAUUUUGAUUUCUGAUAUGAUUUUUGGUUCGUUGUAAAUUGUAGCAGAUUUGUACAUUUCUUUAAGUGAUUUUUUUGGGUUAAUUUUUGUUAAAUUGUUCGUUUUUAAUGAGGAAAUAAUAAAAAUUUUGCAAUUUAUAUUGAUAUUUUUCUUUACUCUAGGUACGAUCAGGUUUGAUAUAUAGAGGUUCGAUUGUAUUUUAAUAAUCUAAAUGCUACACUGAAACUGGUUGUUUUCAUUCUGGUUUAACUGAAGCAGGAAGAAAAAUGUUUUUAAAUUUUCCUCAGAAUUGUCAGUUUUUAUAACUCUUCUGUUAAGAUAAUCAAAGGUAAAUUCCUAAUUGUGUUUAAGAUGCCAUUUAAAAUGCUUACAAAUAAUAGUAGGAAUAGUAUUUUACUUAAUAUGUUGACCUCUAUUAAAUGUAUGCUUUCAAACAUAACCAGUGAAUGAAACACUGAAUUGUACAUGAGAAUUGAAGCUCUGGAAGUUAUUCAUCAUGGAUCUUGUCAUCACAUAAGAGAUGAUGAUAAGAUUCAUAAUAAAAAUUUGAUAACACAUUAGGAAACCACUUAUAUUUUGUAAAAUACUGUCUACUACUGCCAUUUGAAAUUUAACCACUUUGAAUGACAAGACUGAUCCUUCCUCUGAUAGUUAGAAAUGAUUUAUUUUAUUCCACUUUUUAUCUAAAAUUUGAAAUUAUUUAAUUAGCUUUGUUCACCUCUACUAUCGCUAUUCUAAGCAGUUUAAUUUUUAUAAUUUUAACAUUUCCUUAUUGUGAAUGUUAUAUUAUUUUUUAUUUCCUGUACUUAUUAAAUGCCUUUUCUUUAUACCUUCAAAUUGUUGUAUCAGAAUUCAUGAAGGAUUUAAGUAUUGUUCUUUUUAUUGCUGUUUUGUGUGCACCUAGUAAAAAUUUUAAUUUAUUUAUCAUUUUAUUAUUAUUAGAAUAAUAAUUAAGUAAAUACCUUUCAUUGUUUUAUUGAUUUUAUUUGCAUACAUAUUCUUUAAGACUUGUUCCUCUUUUAAACUCUUUACCUUUUUAAUUUAGAACUAACAAAGCAAGAAAAUUUAGUAACCAAUACCAAUAUACUUUCUUUGAAAUUAAUCUGUUUCGUUCCAAAAGUGUUACUUUUUUUGUCAAAUUCUUGUAAUGAUGACAUUGUAAUAGAGCAAAUUUUAAUAUGGUAUGCACCCUGUAUUUGGCUAUUUAGAGGAAUGAAAACAUUUAUUGCAUUCUAAUUGUUAAUUGAAAAGAAGCAUCUGGAAUUAAAAGCUGUUAAUUAGCAUGUGUUGUUAACUACCCGAAUCCUAGCAAUGUUUACAUUAUUGGCAGUAAGUUCUGUCGAGUCUGUAGCAAUUUGCUUUACAAUUCUUUCCACGAAAGAGAAAGUUAUAAUGGAUGAGAAUCGGACGAUUUGUAUCAAAUUAGGAGUUAUAGAUAUCCUCUAUAACUCCCAAAGCCUUAGCAUAUGUAAGUAAGACUCUUUGUCCUGGGUGAUUUUGAGCGUAUGAGCCAGAGAUAGCAAAUUUGAGAGUGUAGAACUAGGAGAGUAAAUUUUCUCAAAAUACUUGCUCUUCAAUUUAGUGGUUUGGAAGUCAGAAACUCAAUUCACUGUAGGAAGAUCUGUUUUUAUGCUAAGUCUUUUUAACACUUUAACAAACGCCUAUUUGCUUUAAAUGCAAAAUCCGGGAAUUGCUGAAUAAUGGAAGGUUUAGGAUGUAUACUGAGACAUUCCAACCUUUCAUAUUUCUUUGAAUUCCAUUUUUAAACCAGUGUUCUGGAAUAAUUUAGUAAAAGAAGUAAUUGUAAUAUGUAAAAUUUUUGAUUGACACUCUUUUGCUGUAUUUGAAAUUUUAAUUUGCCAUUGCAUGAUCUUGCAAAAGAUAGUUUUAAAGUGUGAAUUGUUUUAUAUACAUAUAUUUGUCUUGUUAUUUAUAAAGUUUAUAUUCCUAGCCUGGAACUUUCUAAGAAAUUUUCCUUAAUAGUAGAACUAAGAAAGGAGUAAAAAGCUCUUUUCUUUUUCAUAUUUAGAAAUUGUAUAAUUCUUUGUAUAUUUGAUAUGCAUGCUGGAAAACUAAUUUUCAUUAGGUGAAAUUUUUCUUUGUUCUAAUAAUCGUAUAAACUUAUUUGCUACUUUUUCAUUAGUAUUUUCAGGUCACUUAUUUGUUGCUCCGUCUGGUUUGUGCACAGAUGAACAAAUAUUUUUGUAUAUUAAUAGUUUUUAUAAAUUAAACUUUAACACAUAUGUGAUAUUGUUUACCCUUUUUACAUAAUCAUCUUUCAUUCUAAUGUUAAGUUGAGCUGGUCUUUGUAAUGUUCAAAUAAACAUAACAAUGAUUUCCUUUGAAUUUGAAUCGUUUCCGCGCAUUUUUUCUCUAAACAAUAUAUAGAGGGGGGACAUUUUCCCUAUUCGUUUAAAAUAUUAAUGAUAGUUUUUGAAAAAUGUGUGAAUUUAAUUAUGCAUAAUUCUUCGAAUUUAACGAAUUAUUUGAUUCUCUGGAGGUUUUUUGGCGUUUGUUUUAUAGGUAUGUUUCUAAUGAAUGGACAUUAUUUUUAUAUUCUUAAAUAUGCAUUGAAUAUCAAUAGCUGCAUUUAUUCGGUUAUUACAGCAAUUUUUAACGCAUUUGCAUUAAUUUCUUUAUUUUUCGUGAGGUUUGAAUAUUUUACAGUUACUAAUAAUAAAUCGGUAUGCCAAACGAGGCGACGAUGGCAUUGUUAUUCUACUUUUUAGACAACAUAUUGUAAAAUUAAAUUUGAUUAUAACGGGAAAUGUUCUUUAAUAAUUUACAAGCAAAUUUUUCUCCCUGAUGAAAUAUCAUAAAUCUAGAUGUUAAUGGGAAAAAAAGUAGAAACAAAACUUUUUUCUGUCAUUUUUCUGCAUAAUGAGCUUGUAUUCCACUAAUUCUUCACGUAUAUUAAAGGAGCAGCGCAGAGAUUUCCGAGUUGAAACUGGAUUUAAAAAAAAAAAAAGUGUGUCGUUAAUAAGCCACGUUUUAUUAUUAUUAUUUAUUUAACUAAAAUGUUACCAUGCACUAACAAUUACUGUCAUUUAUUAAGAAUAGAAUUACAUGACAUCCGUUCAAGCACUCAUUGGGAAUAUGAUUUACAAAUAUAUAUUGAAAAAAUUCAGGGGCAUAUACGUUUUUCACAAAAUGAUGAAACACAUGAUUUCAUGCGGUGGUUAAAUUAAGUAAUCUAGGAACGAAUUUAUAUUUUCAGCUGAAAUUCAGUUAUCUAAUUUUUGCUCUUUGACUAUUCAAUCUAUAUUAAAUGUUGUAAUAAUUUUGAAUAACAGCUAUGACAAAUCUUUACAAUAAGCAAAUUAAAAUGAAAAGUAGCCUCAAGAUCAAUGUCCUUUCAUUAUGAAAAGCUCGAAAUCCAGCAAGUUUUUUCCCCAUCUCUUGGGGGGGGGGGAAAUUUCAUGUUCUAUACAAUCAUAUUCUUCAUCAGUUUAUGUAUUUCUCUUCCAUGUUUCCUUUCUGAUUUUGAAAAUAUGAAGUCUGUAUUUCUCUUUAUCAUGCGAAAAAAAAUGAGUUCAUAAAAGUAUCCGGAAACUGCUUUUUAUCCUAAACUAUGUAUUGUACAAUAAAACUUUACCAAUUUCUGUAGAAAGGUUUCCUUCCUGCUUCCGAAGAGAGUAAACGUUCCGAUUUCUGUUCAAAUGUGUUGUUAUACGAAAUGCCUUGCAUUAUGACAUCGCUUUCAAUUACCUAAUGACAAAACAAAGGAAUUAAUCAUACGGGGAAAACUUGCAACUUUCUACUACGUAAAGAUCAAAGUGUAUAUUGGCGAACGAUUUAAGAUUAUUCACAACGAACUUCUCAAAAAGAGGAAAAGAACUGCAAUGUCUGGCUAAGUACAGAAAAGGGGCAGGUGUUUCCUAAUUAUUAUGGCUUAAUAGUGCCCAUCAUUCUGGACAUUUAUGUCUAUUUUUUUCUUGAAUUAGGAGUUUUAUUCUUCAAUAUAUGAGUUUUUGAAUGUAUGAAUCCCAUGUUUGGGAACAUAUUGUUGUCAUCUCGACUUCCUAUUCUUCGUUGCAUCCAUUCUUCUAAUGUAAUUUUCAAAAUAAUCUUUUAACAUAUGCGUUUGUUAUUAUAAUAAUUAUUCGCUGAAUUCUGAUGUAUAGUUGUAGAGAGACGCGUUUUUCUAAAGCUCUGCCUUUAAAUAUGUGUUAUGUUUUGGUCAUUUCUUCAUAACUCUAGUUUCCUAUCGUCGUAACUAUUUUGUUUAUCAUUCUAGUAUAUUUAUUUAAAAACAUAUUUAAAUAUAAGUAAUUUCCAACUUUAAGGUGCUCUAAUUAUGACAAUCAAUUGCAUAUCCGAUUUUAUAAAAUAUAUAUAUAUUGAAAAAGUUUCAUCAACCCACUGGCCAGUUUUUCACCUUUCUGAAAACUACUGUAACGUUUAACGUUUCCCUCGCAUGGUAAUUGGCAUUCCGGCCAGAUGUAACAUCACCCGUUUUCACAUAACGCACAUAGUUAAGUGCCUAUGGACCACCAGAUGGGGAUCCUCUUCAUCAGUAGAGUCAUUGUGUCUGAUCAUUUGUUGUAUCCAGAUUAAGAACCACAGAUGUGUGUUUCGCCGUUUCAAAGAGAUCCAUCAUAUCUUCAAGGGAGAAUAACGUCAAAAUAUUAAAACUUUUUUCCCUUAUGAAGGGAUUUCUCAAUCUUCAAGAAACGAUCAAUCAUCAGCAACCGUUGUCAUUAAGUGUCGAAGUAAAGUGGACUUUUGCCGGUGUUGGCCGUGAAUUGAUUAUAAUUAACAUGUGUUCUGGAAGGGUCAGCUACUAAGAUGGAUCCUGAACAGGCAUUCCCACAAUAGACUGGAGACCAUUGAGGAAGCAUAGCUGAGUAGCUAUUGGGUAAUAAGGAAUUCACGUUCACCAAUAAGAAAAUCAAAAGCAGAGAUCUGACGGAAAUAAAAUGCAGUGUUUUUGCUUGGGUAGAGAGAGUGGAGAGCAGUGAGAGGCUUCGAAGGAGAAUUCAGAUAAACGUCGGUGUCCGAAGAACUUGUUCCUGGUUUUGUGAGAAGCUCCGUGUGAUUCGGGUUUCUGUGUUAGGAUCCACCCAAUAAGAUCGGUGGAUUUCUAGAGUAGCCGUUUUGAGCUAACAGCCUGUUAGAGGAUUUUGUGUGUGUGUGUGUGUGUGUAUUCUCCGAUUUGAUUAUGGAACUAUUUAAUGGUUAAACUUUGAACUGUUGUGAGAAUUUUGUUAAUGAUAUUAACCUAGAUGAGAACAAGUUUUUGUGUACAUAUAUAAGGCUGUAAAUAAAAGAAUUGUUUUGUUA